AUGCCGUCUCACGAAAUCCGGGGAGACAUCAAGAUGGGUCGACAAAUUGUGCUGUGCUUCGACGGCACAGGGAAUACGUUUCGCACCGAUGGUACCGACACUAACGUCUUGAGAAUCUGUCGGAUGUUGGAGAAGACUGACGAGCAAUGUAAGCUUGGUCCUUCUCUUCUGUAUACGGAGGCGGGGAUUGGAACAGACAUAACACCUGGAUCGCUGGCCAGCGGUACCAUUCAAAAGAAGGGCAAACUCAGCAACAACAAAGCGCUCAAUCUCGCACUUGGUACCUCCUUCGACCGUCAUGUCCUGGGUGGAUAUCGCUUCUUGAUGCGCCACUACCAGGAGGGAACGAAGGUGUUUAUUUUCGGAUUCUCGCGCGGCGCAUAUACGGCACGGUUCCUGAACGAGAUGCUUGACUAUGUCGGACUUCUCGGCCCCGACAAUGAGGAGGUAGUGCCGUUCAUUUGGGAUGCCUGGGUGACGUGGAAGUUGGGACGGUCAGGCAUUGACAAGGCAGCGAAACAGAAGGCCUUUCAUAUAAUGAAAGAAAGCCGAGAGAUAUUGUCGCGGCCUAUGGCACGUGUGCACUUUUUGGGCAUGUUCGACGCGGUAAACAGUAUCGCCGACUUCGAGGUCAGUUCUGAGGGCAUGACCUCGAGCAAAAUUAUUCGACAUGCUGUUAGCAUUGAUGAGCGGCGCAUCAAGUUCCGACCGGUUUUGCUACACUCGCGCAAAGAGGAUUGGAUUUGGAAGACCCAGCCGGAUGAGCAGAAGACUGGAGAAGAGGCAAAAAGUAAUGACUCUCAGCGCACGACUGGACCUCCCGUUCUUCCGGAGAUACCGGACAUCAGCCCGGCCAGUCGAGCACAGGCAACGAUGCAAAAUGAAGAGGAUGACGAAGGAACACAAGAUGUCGAAGAAAUGUGGUUCCCAGGUGGCCACGCAGACAUCGGUGGAGGAUGGAACUUGGGGGACAAGGAGGAGUGGCCAUUGACCCAUGCCCCUCUCGUCUGGAUGGUGCAGGAGGCGCAGCGCGCGGGACUGCGACUGGAUAAGAGGAAGAUGGUGCAACACAACUGCAUUGCAGACUUCAAUUCUGAUUUCGAAGAAUUGGAGGGGGAAGAGAGACAUGCCCCGGAACCCGAGUCGUCGCCGUCUUACAAAAAGUAUCUCGAGGCACUUCAAGUUGCCGGUACUAAAGGGUAUAUCCACGAUCUCCUUUCAUAUGGCAGUGGCUUGCCCUUGGCUUCUGUCCUCUCGUGGCGUCUGAUGGAAUACCUUCCUCUCCGACGGAUGGAGCCGCAACCCGAUGGAGUGUGGAAAGCCGUGCGCUGGCCUCCUCCACGGGGCCGAGCUCGCGAUAUUCCCGUGAACGCCCGUAUUCAUGUCUCUGCCAUUCAACGUAUGAAGUCGGAUCCAACAUAUCGCCCUGUUAACUUGAAAUUUGGUUCAGGAGAUGCAAGCGGGAUUGGAAACUGGGUUAUUCAUGCGCAUGAAGGUGAUCCCGUACGGGAGAGGUAUGUUCGUGGAUGA